GUCUCAGUUUUGGUUGUGACAACCUGUCAUGUCAUCGUGAGUGCUGUCGCUCCUGCUGCUCUUGCUCUCCAGAGCCAGCAGUGAUCUCAGCUCUGAGAGUUUCCUCUCCCAAUGGAUCCCAAAGGUGCCUGCUGUUUGGACUCUGCAUGGAGCAAAAACUCUUGAUUCACAUCGUCUGGGCUCAGAAGUGACUUUUGCGAUGUAUUUGGAGAACUCUGAGCAGGGGAAAGUUGGUGGAGAGGGGGAGCUUCCUGCUGGAGCGAUUCUCUCUGGACAAUGUGUCGUUUCUAAAGUAACAGGAGUUGCAGGUUUGAGCAGCUCUUCAAAGGGAAGUGAGCUGGACAUAAAGGCCCUUGUGGGAUACACAGAGCAGAGUGUCAGCGGAGGAAUGGACCCUCCUCCUUUUUGCAACAUGAAUGCACCGCAGACUCAACUCUGCAAGGAUUGUGAAGGACCUGCUGAGAGCUUUGAGGAAUAUUCUUCAAGCAAUGGGCAUUUUGAACCGGACGGUGCCCUUGAAGACACUGAGUGUGCAGGGUUAAGCCAACUAUAUCAUGAAUGUCCUCAACACUGUGAGUGUUUUAAAGCUUGCAAGUCCUCUGAGCAUUGUGCUAAUCAUAGCUUAGCCUCUAAAAGUAGCCUUUGCUGUGAACACUGCCCAGAACACCUCCUAUUAUUUCAGCAAUGUAAGCCCUCUGAUCAACAGUCGGACUCUUCUGAUUAUGAGCCAGAUGAAUCGGAAGUGAACUCUGACAGUUUUGGAGAGUCCGAAAUGCCUGGUUUUGUGUCCGAGUGCACAGAAAACCUGAAGCUGCCUCUGGAUCAUCAGUGUGAGGACUCUGACUCGGAACAGGACAGAUCAACUGAGGAUUCGGAGCAGAACUUCACCCAAAACAUCUCUGACUCCAUGGACUCUUUAACUUGUGCUGCUAACUUCUCUGAAUACGAUGAAAGUCAGGACAAUGACUGUGAUGAAGAGGAGGAGAGCUACGAUCAUAACGAGAUGGAGGUCACUGAUGAAGAGUCCACGUUGUCAGAGGACACACCUGGUGACCCCUGUGAAAGUGACGGAGCAGAGGAAAACAUUGAGCAAACCUCUACAGGCGAUGCCUCUGAAGAUGUUGACGAGUUGCAUGGAGACGAUUCAGAGGACGAGUCAAGUCAACAUGGCAACUUUGAAUCCUGCGCCGAGGAAGACCUGUCCUCCGACGACUCAAAAUCCUUCAAGACUUGUCUUGACAACAGUUUUCCUUCUGAUCCCUGCUCAGAUUCAUCCGAGGAAUCCGACAAAGCAGCUCAGGAUGAUUCAAGUGACGAGCCGAUGCAGUGGGAAUCCUUCGAAGAGAAUGAAGCAGAAAAACAACCGAGCGUCGAGAAGAGUAGCGAGGAGGAGGAUAAAAAGAAAACUUCUGCCGUUGACACAGUUAUUGAGGACUACUUUGAUUUAUUUGAUAGAGCAGACUGCUCUGGACAGGCAUUUGCACAAAAGCAGAAUUACAUCUCCUGUUUUGAUGGGGGCGACGUUCACCAUCACCUCCAUCUUGAACAGGAAGCUCUGAAACAAAGCAUCAAAACUGCUCACAAAGAGGAGACUACAGAGGCGAUCAAAGAACAGGAGAAAGAUGUGCGUACUGAAGAAGCAACUGAAAUAAACACCCAAGAAAAGGAUGAACGUUGUGAAGAUUCAGAGGAGGAAGACCUGAACCAGAGAGACUCCGGAUCUUGUGGUUUAGAGAACUGGACCCUAAAAUCAGAAUCGAGUUCAACAAAAGAUGAAGUUGAAGAUAAUGAGCCAUUUGGUCUUUAUCCAGAGUACUACCAGGACUCUGAAGAUGAUGAAAUGUAUUAUGAUGAUGAAGCCUGGGGAUACGAUGGGCAAAUUUCUGAUGAUUACGACGAAGAACCCGAGUACUACCUGGACUCCUUCAGAGCGGAGAGCACGUUUGCACCGUGUGCCCAAGAAAUCUCUGUGGAGGGAGAUGUUUGUGAAGACAAAGACUCUGUUGGUGAAGACACUGACUCAGAAGGUGAAGUUAAGUCCAAACCCCUCACUGAGACGACCUCUGAUUUUAAAGACGAUAAGAAUCCAGAUGCUGAACCGGAUGGCUUCUCUGCGUYKUCAGAGAUGGAGCCUUAUUGGACACUCACCGACGAAGAGCAAGCCAGAGAGCGUUUUCCUGCAGGUGUUGAGGAUUACUAUGCAUAUCAGAUUAGAAGCAUUCAGUCUUCAGAUGCACAACCCUUGACCAGAUUUAUUCUGGACAGCAGGUCUUCUGAUGGAAAAGCUGAUGAUGAUGAAGGACCGGAGGAUGUCGAGGAGUCAUCAACCGUGUUAGGAAUUAAUGUCCUUGAAUUAACCCAUAAAGAGCAAAGUCUAGAACCUGAAAAUGAGCUGCAGGGAAUCUCAGACCUUGCACCUCAUCUGGGUGUCAUUCAUAACGUUGCUUCAAAACAUGAGGCCACAGCAAGCCGGGAUUCAGAGGAAGAGCAGAGUGACGAUGAAUCCGUAGAGAACUGUGAAUGUGAAUACUGCAUCCCACUGACACAGCAGGUUCCAGUGAAACCACUGCUCUCCCAGUCGGCAUCAGACGAUCCAGCUAAGAUCUGUGUCGUCAUUGAUUUGGAUGAAACUCUGGUGCACAGUUCAUUUAAGCCUUUGAACAAUGCAGACUUUAUCAUUCCAGUGGAAAUUGAAGGGAUUGUUCACCAGGUUCAUGUGCUGAAGAGGCCGCAUGUUGACGAGUUCCUCCAGAGGAUGGGAGAAAUGUUUGAGUGUGUUUUAUUCACCGCGAGUUUAUCCAAGUAUGCAGAUCCUGUGUCCGACCUGUUGGAUAAAGGCGGAGCCUUCCAGAGCCGCCUCUUUCGGGAGGCGUGCGUUUACCACAAAGGGAACUACGUUAAAGACCUGAGCCGCUUGGGCAGAGACCUGAACAGAGUGAUCAUCAUAGACAACUCCCCCGCUUCCUACAUCUUCCAUCCAGACAAUGCAGUUCCCGUCGUGUCCUGGUUUGACGACAUGUCAGACACCGAGCUUCUCGACCUCAUCCCCUUCUUUGAGAGGCUCAGCAAAGUGGACGACAUCUACGGCAUUCUGAGGAAGAAGAAGGCUUCGAGUUAACCGAUGUUCGGGUACGGAGAGCCACCAGCGACUGUCGAUUCGGGGCCACGGAGGCUGGCGAGCCGCAGGCUCCAUCGCGCUUCCCACUACAAGGACCACGCUUUAAAAAACAACAACAACGCGCAUUUAAUCUCACAGCGUGUUGGAUAAAUCCACCAGCUAUCAUCGGAAUGCUUCAUGGACUUACCAUAGCCUCUGUAGAUAACUGGAGAGCAGAGUGUGUGUGUGUGUGUGUUACAUGACAGCUGUGACCUUUGUAACUAGAUUGUGUGAACAGUUGCGCAGUCCUCUACAAAUAGUCCUGGACAAAUGAACCACCAUUACUCAUUUUAAUGUCAGUAUAAUGUAGCAUUUGUACAACAGAAUUAUUAACACGAUCACACAGAAAAUAAGGCGUCGACGUAAUCGCCUUACUAAAAAUAACUCUGGGGAGCUGCAGGCGUGAAGUAAACCUUAAACAUUCAAUACAUCUGGAUACAAAUGUUGAUGAUUGUUACUUUUGUAUAUAGAGACUAAAAUGUUUUAUGAUGUUUGAAAAGAUAUGCACAAAAUGUGCAAUGCUUGAAAAUAAAAAAUAAUGCUCAUUAUGCUAAAACCCUGUUUAAAUUGCCUGUUCAAUACAUGUGCUUAAGAAAAUCACACCACUAAAUCCCACUUUGAC